GCCGCCUCCCGCAGCCCGGCGGCACCGCAGGGACCUGACCACCGGGGAAGCCGGCAAGGGGUGGGGGGAGGCGGCGGCGGCACAUGACGUGUCUCCGUCAUGGAGCUCAGCGUGAUUCAUCCACAGCAGCGGCGCGCCCGGAGCGGGAUGCUGCGCCCCGUCCCCGCUUAGAGCCGGGCCAGGGGCCAGCCCCGCUCUCUGCCCCGCCGUCUCCUUGGCGCGGGGUGCAGCGUCCCUGGCGGAGCCAAGAUGGAAGAAAUCCUGAGGAAGCUGCAGAAGGAAGCGUCGGGGAACAAACACAAAGCGAUCAAGGAGAGCUGCGGCUGGGCCAUUGAAACUUUGGAAUCUUCUGAUGCUGCUGCUACCAAGAUCCCUCCAUACAAGCUGAGGGAGAAGUGUCUCCUUCCACUGCAGCUGGCUUUGGAAUCAAAAAGCGUGAAGUUGGCCCAACAUGCUCUAGUAGGGAUGCAGAAGCUGCUGUCUGAUGAGAGAUUUGUAUCCGUGGAAACAGGCUCAGAUGAGAAGCAGCUACUAAAUCAGGUGCUGAAUGCUGUCAAAGUGACUCCUUCCCUGAAUGAAGACCUGCAGGUAGAAGUGAUGAAGGUUUUGCUCUGUAUCACGUACACCUCCACAUUUGACCUGAAUGGAAGUUCAGUGCUAAAGAUUGCUGAGGUUUGCAUUGAGACAUAUGUAUCUAGCUGUCACCAGCGGAGUAUUAACACCGCUGUGCGGGCAACCCUCAGCCAAAUGUUGAGUGACUUGACUUUACAGUUACGGCAAAAGCAAGAGAAUACGACAACUGAAAACCAUGAAGCCAUGCAAGAGUUCAAGAGCCAAGGUUCAACAGUAGAGUCCCUUUGCGACGAUGUUGUGUCUGUCCUCACUGUGCUCUGUGAGAAGCUUCAAGCUGUCAUAAAUGAAAAUCAGCAACUGCAGCUUCUCUACCUGGAAUGUAUUCUCUCAAUGCUAAAUAGUUCCUCUCCCAGUAUGCACAAUCACAGAGGAUUCACUGACCUUAUUUGGAAGCAAUUGUGUCCAGCCCUUGUAGUUAUCCUGGGAAAUCCAAUCCAUGACAAAACAAUCACCUCUGCCCACAGUAGCAUCUGUCUCGAGGCCGAUUCACCCUCCUCAGGGGUCGCUGAUCAUGGCCGAGGGUCAGGUUGCUCCUCCACAGCACCCGCCCUCAGUGGCCCUGUUGCUCGGACCAUAUAUUACAUUGCAGCAGAACUGGUUCGAUUGGUUGGGUCAGUAGAAUCCAUGAAACCUGUGCUCCAGUCACUCUAUCACCGUAUGCUGCUGUAUCCCCCACCCCAGCACCGAGUGGAGGCCAUCAAGAUCAUGAAAGAGAUACUAGGUAGUCCACAACGGCUCCGUGAUUUGGCAGGACCCUGCUCCUCUGAAUCAGAAUCCAGAAAGAGAUCAAUCUCGAAAAGGAAGUCCCAUCUGGAUCUUCUCAAACUUAUCAUGGAUGGGAUGACUGAAGCUUGCAUAAAAGGUGGUAUUGAAGCAUGUUAUGCCUCCGUUUCUUGUGUCUGUGCCCUGCUCGGAGCAUUAGAUGAACUAAGCCAAGGGAAAGGCCUUAAUGAGGAACAGGUCCACCUGCUACUCCGACGCCUGGAAGAAUUGAGGGAUGGGGCUGAGACAAGCCGAGACUCCAUGGAGAUCAACGAUGCUGACUUUAGGUGGCAAAGGCGCAUCCUGUCAUCGGAACGUACCUCCUGGGAAUCGAGAAAUGAGAAAAGUCCUGACAUUAGCAUUAGUGUUACCACAGAUACUGGUCAAACCACUUUGGAGGGAGAUAUGGGGCAGACUACUCCGGAGGAUAAUCCUGAAGAUCAAAAAAACUCUCUGCAGUCUCCAGCUGGCCAAGACUUUAAAGAGAUUGAGUGUAAAGAGCCAGAGUUGGAAACAACAGAGCAGCCAGAUGUGGUUCAAAGGAGUCACACCAUUGUUUAUCCAGAUAUAACUAAUUUCCUGUCGGUUGAUUGCAGGACACGGUCCUAUGGAUCCAGAUAUAGUGAAAGUAACUUCAGCGUUGAUGACCAAGAUAUUUCGAGGACUGAAUUUGACUCGUGUGAUCAAUAUUCCAUGGCAGCAGAGAAAGACUCUGGGAGGUCAGAUGUCUCCGAUAUAGGGUCUGAUAACUGUUCCCUGGCUGACGAAGAGCAGACCCCAAGGGACUGUCCAGGUCAUAGGUCCUUGCGUACUGCUGCUCUCUCUUUGAAAUUAUUGAAGAACCAAGAAGCAGACCAGCACAGUGCCCAGCUGUUUGUACAGUCCCUUGAAGCCCUUCUUCCUCGGCUUAUAACACUCCAUAGUAUAGAGGAGGUGGAUUCAGCGCUCCAGAAUUUUUCAUCGACCUUCUGCUCAGUUAUUCACCUUAUCCACGCCCCCAAAGUGACGUCAAUGGAAAGUCCAAGGAAGCAGCAGCACAGAACUUUCAAACCCUCACGAGAUAUGAUGUUCUCACCAGGAUUUGAGGGGAACCCCAAUUUCAGCUUCCAGACUCUGAUGAAUGCAGACAGUAUCUACAUGGUCUCACACUACACACUUCUCCUCAACCUGAAGUUAUCCAACUCUGACUACUACAGGAAGAAACCUGCCCAAGCACCUGUGUUGCUGAAGGAGUUUAUGAAGCAGGUUCAGGCCAGUGGAGUAUUGAUGGUGUUCUCUCAGGCAUGGGUUGAGGAGCUCUACCAUCAGGUACUGGAAAGGAACAUCCUAGGAGAGGCUGGUUACUGGGGAAACCCUGAGGAGCACCGUCUUCCGCUCAUCACCAUGUUGACUGACAUUGAUGGCUUGGGGAGCAGUGCAAUAGGUGGGCAGCUGAUGGCAUCUGCAUCAACACAAUCUCCUCUCUCCCAGAACCAGAAGACCGAUGAUUCUGUUGUGGCAGGUGUUGCUUUUGCCCGAUACCUUCUGAUCGGUUGCUGGAAGAAUUUGAUUGAUACCUUAUCCACACCUUUGACUGGUCGAAUGGCAGGAAGCUCCAAAGGGUUAGCAUUCAUCCUGGGAGCCGAAGGCGUCAAGGAGCAGAAUCAGAAGGAGAAAGAUUCCAUUUGUAUGAGCCUGGAUGGACUGAGGAAGGCGGCCCGGCUGAGCUGUGCUCUAGGGGUUGCUGCUAAUUGUGCAUCUGCCCUUGCCCAAAUGGCUGCUGCCUCCUGUGUUCAAGAAGAGAAGGAGGAAAGAGAAGCCCAAGAGCCCAGUGAUGCUAUAACUCAAGUGAAACAGAAAGUGGAGCAGAAGCUGGAACAGAUUGGGAAAGUGCAGGGAGUCUGCCUGCACCCUGCUCAUGUUUUGUGCAUGGAUGCCAUCCUCAAUGUGGGCCUGGAAAUGGGAAGCCACAAUCAAGACUGUUGGCCGCAUGUGUUCAGGGUGUGUGAAUACAUCAGCACUCUGGAGCACACCCAUUUCAGCGAUGGCGCAUCUCAGCCUCCUCUCACUAUAACCCAAUCGCAGCAGGCCGCAGGAGGGUUGCAGGCGGAUUAUCCGUCUGCAGACUCUCCCCAGGAAUUGACCCCUGAGCAGGAGACCACCCUAAGCAAUAAUCCCAUCAUCCAGCCCAUCUCCAUCCAGGACCUGAUCAAGGAGGGUAGCAAGGGCAGAGCUUUCGACUUUCGCGGCAGCAGCCUGCUAAGUGGGAGCAAUGCUGCCAAGGCUGUCCUUAUCCUCUCCACGCAGGCUGACAGGCUAUUUGAAGAUGCUGCUCACAAGCUAAACCUGAUGGCACUGGGUGGCUUCCUAUACCAACUCAAAAAAGCUUCUCAGUCCCAGCUCUUCUACUCAGUCACAGAUACAGUUGAUUACUCCUUAGCAAUGCCAGGUGAGGUAAAGUCAACCCAGGACAGGAGAAGUGCCCUCCAUUUGUUUCGUCUUGGGGAUGCCAUGCUCAGGAUUGUACGGAGUAAAUCCCGCCCAUUGCUCCACCUCAUGCGCUGCUGGAGCCUGGUGGCACCUCAUCUUGUAGAGGCUGCCUGUCAUAAGGAGAGACAUGUUUCUCGGAAGGCUGUCUCCUUCAUCCAUGACAUCCUCACCGAGGUGCUGACAGACUGGAAUGAGCCCCCUCAUUUUCACUUCAGUGAGGCGCUGUUCCGCCCCUUUGAGCGCAUCAUGCAGCUGGAGCUGUGUGAUGAGGAUGUCCAGGACCAGGUGAUCACGUCUAUAGGAGAGCUGGUAGAGGUGUGUUCCAUUCAGAUCCAGUCCGGGUGGAGGCCCUUGUUCAGUGCACUGGAAACAGUACACAGCAGUAGCAAGUCAGAGCUUAAAGAGUACCUUGUUGGAGAGUAUUCUAUGGGGAAAUGCCAGGCUCCAGUUUUUGAUGUUUUUGAAGCAUUUCUCAACACAGACAACAUCCAGGUCUUUGCCAAUGCUGCCACUAGUUACAUUAUGUGCCUUAUGAAGUUUGUCAAAGGACUGGGAGAAGUAGAUUGUAAGGAGAUUGGUGAUUGUGUGUCAGGAUCUAUGUCUACAGACUUGUGCCUUCCCGCUCUUGAUUACCUCAGGAGGUGUUCUCAGUUGCUAGCCAAAAUCUACAAAAUGCCCUUGAAGCCAAUUUUCCUCAGUGGCCGGCUGGUCAACUUGCCCCAAAGAGUGCAGGAGCCAUCAGCCAGCAGUGAGGAUGGGACUGAGUGUGUCCUUUCUGACUUUGAGGAUGACUCUGGCCUUAUCAAUGUCUGGAUCAUUCUGCUGGAAGAAUUAACUACCGCCAUAUCCAACUGUCCCCGCCAGCACCAGCCACCCACCCUGGAUUUACUCUUUGAGCUGCUGAGAGAUGUUGCCAAAAUUCCUGGCCCAGGAUUUGGCAUUUAUGCGGUUGUACAUCUUUUACUCCCCGCAAUGUCCCUCUGGCUCCGUCGUAGCCAUGGUGACCAUUCUUACUGGGAUGCGGCAUCUGCUAAUUUCAAGCAUGCCAUUGGCCUUUCCUGUGAACUGGUAAUGGAGCACGUUCAAAGUUUCACACAUUCAGACAUUGGCUACGAGAAUAUGAUUAAUACAAUGCUAAAAGAUCUCUUCAAGUUGUUGGUAGCCUGUGUGGCGGAGCCUACAGAAACAAUCUCCAGAGUUGGCUGCUCAUGUAUCAGGUAUGUCCUGGUGACAGCAGGGCCCGUUUUUACUGAAGAAAUGUGGAGGCUUGCAUGCUGUGCGUUACAGGACGCGUUCUCUGCAACUCUUGAGCCAGUAAAGAACCUAUUGGGCUAUUUCCACAGUGGUUCUGAAAGCUUUAGUGGCGAUGCCUGUGAAGUGAAGGUGGCGGCCCCGUCUCUCUCUCCCAGUGCUGAAGCUGAGUACUGGAGAAUCCGAGCCAUGGCACAACAGGUUUUCAUGUUAGACACCCAGUGCUCACCAAAGACCCCCAACAACAAGGAGGGAUUUGAACAUGCUCAAUCCUGUGUGCUGAUCAUUGAGCUGCCUGCUGACAAGAAACACAAUGGGCACACCCAGAAAAGUAUCCCUUUCAGGACAAUAGUGGUGAGUCUGUUGUCUCAUCAAGUGCUUCUCCAGAAUUUAUAUGAUAUCUUGCUAGAAGAGUUUGUGAAGGGCCCCUCUCACGUGGAAGAGAAGACAGUACAAGUGCCAGAAACCAAACUGGCUGGUUUCCUCAGGUACAUUUCCAUGCAGAAUUUGGCUGUCAUCUUUGACUUACUUCUGGAUUCUUAUCGGACAGCCAGAGAGUUUGACACCAGGCCUGGGUUGAAGUGCUUGCUGAAAAAAGUGUCUGGCAUUAGUGGAGCUGCCAACUUGUACCGCCAGUCGGCAAUGAGCUUCAACAUUUACUUCCAUGCCUUGGUCUGUGCUAUCCUGACAAACCAGGAGAACAUCACCGCAGAGCAGGUGAAGAAGAUCCUAUUUGAGGAUGAUGAAAGAAGCACAGACUCCUCCCAGCAGUGCUCUUCAGAAGAUGAAGACAUUUUUGAAGAAACUGCCCAAGUCAGUCCCCCAAGGGGGAAGGAGAAGAGACAGUGGAGGGCUAGAAUACCAUCUUUGAGUGUUCAGCCAGUGAGCAAUGCAGACUGGGCUUGGUUAAUCAAAAGGCUUCACAAGCUAUGCAUGGAACUCUGUAACAACUAUAUCCAAAUGCAUCUGGAUUUGGAGAAUAAUGUGGAGGAACCUCCAGUUUUCAAAGGCGACCCUUUUUUCAUCCUACCAUCCUUUCAAUCUGAAACCUCCACCCCGUCAACCGGAGGGCAGUCUGGAAAAGAUACACCCUCAGAAGAUGACAGAAGUCAAAGUAGGGAUCACUUGACAGACAAUCUAACUCCCAAGGGAGGCAGUGGAGAAAUGCUGCUUCUACCACCAUUGAGCCCUAAAAUGGAGAAAAAGGACCAAGCCAGGAAAAAAGAAUGGUGGGAGAGCGCUGGCAACAAAAUCUACACCAUAGCCACUGAUAAAACUAUCUCCAAACUCAUGACUGAGUAUAAGAAAAGGAAGCAGCAACAAAACUUGACCUCUUUCACCAAAGAUGUCAAAGUGGAAAAGAAGGGAGAGUUGUUGGGCUCAAGAGGUCAGGAUUCACCACUCCCUCAGCGACCACAACAUCUGGUGGACCAAGGCCAAAUGAGGCAUUCCUUCAGUGCCGGCCCAGAGAUCUUGAGGCAAGAGAAGAGGCCGCGCUCAGGAUCUACAGUCAGCUCCCUGAAUAUAUCUGUGCGAGAUGCAGAGGCACAAAUACAGGCAUGGACCAACAUGGUGCUGACUGUUCUCAACCAGAUUCAGACCCUGCCUGACCAAACAUUCACAGCCCUCCAGCCAGCUAUGUUCCCCUGCAUCAGUCAGCUGACUUGUCACGUGACCGAUAUCCGAGUCCGUCAGGCUGUGAGAGAAUGGCUGGGAAGAGUGGGAAGGAUCUAUGAAAUCAUUGUAUAAAGGAGACAUGUUUCAUUAGCAAGGGGAGAAGGAAUCCAAGGUUUUUACAGGUAUACAAACAGAAUGCCGUUACUGAAAGUAACUGGUACGGAGCUACACAUGCAAUGUCUAUUCAUGGUGAUAAAUUCUGAAACAGCAAGCCCUCCAACAUGUCCUUUACCUACUUAAGAUUGUAUGUUUGUCAUUCUCACCCCAACAAAGGAAGCGCUACACUUCACAUUAAGUAGCAUGACAUAACACCAAGUGAUGAAUCUGAAAAUUGCUGGUAAAUCAGGCUGGUACAUAAAGGCUCAGUAAAUUUCAUAGAUUGUGUAUGAAUGUGUUUCUGCAGUGAGGAAAGGAGAAGAAAUAGUCAGAAUCUCCGUGGAUGCAGUUAGGAUGAAAGCAUCUGUGUUCACCUAAUAUGGGUCUCUCAGAUACCUGUAAUUCCCAAGAUUUAGGACCAGAAUUAUCAGCCUGGCCUUACCUGGCCUCCAUUUUUUGAACAUGUAAUAUUGUGGGCCCCACUAAUUGAAAGUUCAGCGGAUUCAAUAAUUGGUCUCACUUAGAUGUUUAAGUACAGGAGUUGAUUAUGCUUCAAAACACAACUGGAUCACCUCAUUCACACACCUAGAUAACUGAAUAAUUGUGAGGAAAAAGCUGAGGGCACAACAAGUGAAGGCAGGGGGGAGGGGUUGUUUGUUUGUGGUACUCUUUUAAAUUUUCCACAUGAAACUAAAACACAUCUGGGAAAAAAGUCACUAUAAAGAUUAUUGCAUAUCCAAAAAAAAUUAUUAUUGAUCUCACUGCUUAGUAGUCAUUAAAAUUUACAUUCUAGGCAGAGGCUUUAAACCCGGGGUAUUGUGUGGCUGAGUAGGAGAGGCCUCUGUAACAUAGCAUGGGGGUAGUGGGUCCUUUUUGCUGCUAACAUAUGGGGCAUGGCUUGAAGAAAGGUGGAAUUUCCAGGGCUCCUCUUUAUUCCACUAUCAGCCACAUAUACAACAAAACCCUCUCUGCUAGUCCAUAUUGCAGAUACUAUUACAUUCAUUCCCCAGGCAUAACUCCCACCGAGGUCACAGUGGCAGUUCUUCUGUGAAGCUAGUGAUGAAUAUGCACUAGUGAGCUAAGUUGCAGCCUGGCCAAGAGAAUUGUGGCAAACACCUAGCAUUUAACCAAACAUGAUGGAAAUAUACUAUACAGCAGAGUCCUAUACAUAGAAUUGGCUCAUAUGUUUCCAUAGGAGAAGGUAUUCUCAUGUGUACAGCCAGUCUGCUGUAGCUCUAAGGAUCCCCACUAUUUGCAGCUAUAUUUACCCCCACUGCCAGUACCACUUAAUAUGAGUCAAACUGGACAAGAUCUGGCAGUGCAACUCUUCAGUUGGCCAGAGGAGGCCUGUGGUAGAGUGAGUUCCCUGCUCCCUCAUACUCCCAGCUUGUGCGGAGUUGACCAGUGCAGUGUCUGUGCGUGUAUUGGUGUAAAACAAAAUCCUCACUUCAAAAGAUGAACCUCAGCCAAGAAGAAUAUGCUCAUUCUGCAAGGAACUCCAUGUGAGUGGAACGCCUUUUAAAUCUGUGGAAUACCAUGUGAGUGCAGGGUUUCUCCUGUGCUGAUCUCCUUGCAGGAUUGGGGCCUAAGUUUCUGAUAGAAUCUCAGUGCUUUGGGAUGCUCGGGGGAGGAAAAAAGACUUAAAGCAGCCAUGAUAUUUCCAGUAAUUGUGAAUUGCUGGUUGAUGAAUAAGCAUGGUAGGUGUAAUGGAGGGUCAUCUCUGGUUGUGGAAUCUUAACACAGUCCCUCUGACAGAUGGACAAUGUCUACCUGGUGCUCCCUUAAUAAGUAGCCCCUGGGUUGAUCAUACUUUUGGUUGUUCCUCUAUUGUAUUUACAGAGAUUUUAACAAUUUUACAUAUAGACUUAAAUGCACCUCUAUACCUUAAACCUCUCUGGGUAUGUCUAUACAGCCUAUGGCAGCAAGUCUCAGCCUGGUUUGACACUCAGGCUUAUGCUAUUCUGUGAAAAACCACCCUGUAGACAUUGUGGCUCAGGCUUUGAACCUCCCUCCCCACUUUAGGCUUCAGUGCCCAAGCAGCUACAUGUCAAUUUUAGUGCCGUAGCACAAGCUGGGCAGUUUAGCUUUCUAGUGCAUAUUUGCUAUGUAGCAUCUUUUGCCACAAGUUUUUCACCCAUUCACACCAGACCUCAAAUGGGCCCAUACAUACGUUGUAUUGAGGGUUGCGAACCCUCUGGGAUCCUCCCAGUAUCUGCAUCAAUCUCCCAGUGACUAUUGAAAGCAAUCCAGGAGAUUUUAAUAGGCUAUUUUAAGAAAAUUACAUUACAUCAUGGUGGGGGGGAAAUCUCCCAGAAUAGCUUCAGGCAGAGUUGGCAACCCUCGUUGUAUCGCUUAAAUGUGCAUUUUCAACAGCUGGCUAAAAGGCACAUCUGUCUAACUGCCAAAAGAAGUUAGUUGGGUUUAUCUGAUCUGUGUUUUACAGUUUGUGCACGUGCCUUUACCCAGCAUACUACAGUCAAGUUAAUAUAUUCUGUGGUAUCAGCUCUCAUGUACCCGGCUGGAGCAUGUGGGUUUUUUCUUUUCCUUCCUCUGACAGCACACUGAGAAAUUAAGGCCAAAAUCUAUGAUAAAGUUAAAUUUGAGAUCUGAAAUUAACAGAAGAAAAGAACUUAAAAUCAGCUUCAUGAGCCCUGUAAGAAUUGCAGCAUAUUCUGUACAACUUGACUCCUAACGGCAGCUGAGUCUACCCCAUCCCCCUGCCCUGUUCCAACUUGGCUGCAAUAUGUGGGCACAGUGGCAGCAUCCAUAUGGAUGCCAAUCUUAGGGCAAUAUUCUUUCCUCUGAACUAGUUCCUGUGCAGUGCUCAGGCAGCACGAAGGAGGCAGAACGGGGCCAGGGCUUGCUAGCUGCACAUUCCCUGACAGAGGAGCUCUAAGCUUGCAUGCAAUGAGACCAAUUGAUUUCUGCUCCAGCCACCUUCCCACCCCCCUAUUGGGGUUAUUUUGGAGGGAUGGAGCAGAGUUAUCUGCUGGAAUGUAGUUCCCCAGCAGCUGUCUUGCCUUACACUGGGGCAGAUGGGCACACACAGGAAGCCGUAACUGGCUCCCUCACUCCCACCAUCGCCAUGACUACAGUGGGACAGGAAAUGGUUUGUCCACCUCAUGAGAAUGAGGUUUUUCUUUUAAAAAAAGUCUAAAUCUCAAAACUUUUCACUAACCAAAAAAUUGACCCAUUUUUGCUUUUACUUCAACUUGGUUCUGUGGUUGGUUGGUUUGUGCUAUAAUUUAACUUGAAUUUUAAAACAAAGUCAUUCUGACCUGAAAAAUUGAACUUUCUUUUAAAAGACUUAAAGGACGGGGUGGGGGAAACAUUUUGACACACAAUUAUUUUCCCACAAACACUUUUGGCCUCAGUCUCUAUGAAUGGGCAUUUUGGGUAUGAAAAGUUUUUAAUUGAAAAGUUCCUGACCAUCUCUCACCGCCACCCACCUGCACAGAGUUCGGCUCAUCGUAAGAGCAUGAGAGAGACUAGUCCUUCAUGUAACUCCUGCAGCUAAUUGGCUACAUCACUGCUUUUUAAAGUUUGGGGGGAGGGUUGUUUUUUUUUUUAAGCCAUCAACAUAAAGUGCCCACUCUCCCCACCAGUGCCUAAGGUUUUAAGAAGACAUUAACAAAUGUGUGUACAAUAUUGCUGGCAUUUAAUAAAAAAAAUUAGGGAAUUUUUUUUCUUGCAAAUAAUGUUGUAAGUGUAAAAGGGGUAUGUCUGGCCCACUACGACAGGUCUUUAAAACAGCUCCAGUCUAACUGCCUCACUUUGCCAUUGGUGAUGUUUUAACAUUUUAUGUAAACAGCAAAACCACCACAACCAUGAUGAUUUAAUGAAUAAUUUGUGUAGAAAGCUUGAUGAGACAUAAUGACCUCCAGGGAAAAGUAAACUCAGAAUCAUCACCACUCAGUUAUGCUUAGGCCCAGUUAGGUUUAUAGAGGAAAGAAAGGGUCCCCCUGACUGUAGUCCCUCUGGGAACCUCUCAAACCACUGUAGAGGUGAUGUGACAGCUCUCCCCCAUCCUCCUCCCAGCCCUCCAGUGUGGAGGGCAGGAUCAGGGACACGGCUGGAUAGCACAGUGCUAUGGCCACUUUCUGUUUCCGAGGGCCUGAUGGAAGAGAGUGUAAGUUAGAGAGCACUGUUGAGAAUCUUUUUAUUCCAGGGGUUCAGUAUGCUGCUGCAAAACCCCAAACUAUGGGGAGUAUAAGCUACCAUUGCCCUCCCCACCCCAUCCAAGUAACAGAGGGCUUUUCCACAGGGCAAGUUAGUGCACAGAAAGCCUGGGGGUGAAUCUACAACACACACCAGCUUACUACGCUGCCUGUGUUUUUCCUAUCUGCUUGCAAGCCAGGGUGUGAUGCUACAGCCCUCCCUGCUUGCAGUAACUUGUCUUGCUAUUUAAUCAUAAAAGGUGGGUGAGGUAAUAGCUUUUAUAAAUAUGAAAAGACAAGAUACUACCUCACCCACAUUGUGUCUCCAAUAUCCUGGGCACAACACAGCUACAACACUACACACAACAGUGUGAUUAAAUAGUCUGUCCUGAAUCAUGGGCCUUUUGUUCCAAAAAUUAAAGCAAAGGGAUAUCAGAAGCUUUAAACACAUGCUUGAGCUGAUUUUUUUUUUUAAUAUCGUAUUGGUAAAAGUAACAUCUACUGUAGUAAUUGAAAGAUUAGAGAAAAAAAUGAUUGCUUGAGACUGCAUUUGAUAGCACUUUAUGUAUAACUGUUUCGCCUCUUGUUGGUGUAGCUCUUUCACAAACUAACAGGAGAAUAAAACAUUUGAAAAAUAGUAAAAUGUGACUAAAACUUCAACAGUUGGCUGAUGGAAUCUGAGGCAGUUGUAGUACUAGAAACUACUUUAACGCUUUUUAAAAAACUGACUAGAUUUUAAGGUAGUGAAAGCUUAAAGAAACUCUUGUGGAAAAUGCAGGGUCUCAGCUUUAGGAAAAGAACUGUAUAUUAAGCAGGUACUAGUGUUAUAAAACAGGAUGCUCCGAUGAAGUGAGCUGUAGCUCACGAAAGCUUAUGCUCAAAUAAAUUGGUUAGUCUCUAAGGUGCCACAAGUACUCCUUUUCUUUUUGCGAAUACAGACUAACACGGCUGCUACUCUGAAACCUGUUACUAGUGAGUUCAUGGAGCAGACACUGUUGGAUUUCCACUUAAGAAAUACAAUAUUCUCUUUCAUACACAAGAGUCCCAUGGAAAUCAUUAAAGGACAUUUCAACCCCUGCUAGGAUAAUAGCGUGAGGUGAUGGGAACAUAUUACUAGUUUAAUUGGAAAAUUCUAAACAGCCUUUAAAGGCAGCCUGGUUUACAAUGCAUUUCAGACAGACACAAUUCUUUCUAGCUCUGGGUUAAAAACUGGAUUCUUCACCUGACUUGCUUCUGUGUUUCUUAUUUCCAUUUUGUGUGUCACACGUUUGUGUGUGUUUGUUUUUAAUUGGAAAGACAACAAUGAAUGUACAAGUUCUGCCAGCUUCUGCACCCUUGUAAAUAAUCUGUAGUAAAUUAUAAAAUGUUUUCUCCAGCGUUUUGUCAGUGAAAGAAACUGCUCCUGUGCUCUCAUAAGACGCCAUAACUCUGUUUUGUUCCUUUUUUCCUGUUUUGAAGGUGAUUUUUAAUUUAAAUAUGCAGUGUUUUUAUAAGGCCAUCCUGUCAAGGUGGAGCUUUUAAGAGAAUGUUUUUCAAGUGUUGCAUGGCAGUCCUGGGUAUUGUUUGUUAAUGAGAUUUUAAUUGUGGAACUCCCUCUUGUCAUGUUUAAAAUGUACCCCUCCCCAGAUUUUCUGCCCCUUCAACAAAACAAAUUUGAGAUUCCAAAUUCAGCUUUGGUGAUUAACUUUGAAACUCAUGGGCGGUACACAGGGAUCCAAACUGAACAAAGAUAUCCUACACUGGAGAACUGUACCACUGCCACCUGUCCUGGGGCCAUGCCUCCACCAGAGUUAACCUGUUUCAGAUGCAGCACGUCCACACUGUGCUUGUCAGUCACUGUACCACUGCAUUGCGAGUGCUCUUCUGAUAAAACUAGGCACAGCUCCUGGAGGGUCCACAAGAUAGGAACUCUAAUGAGAUGUGGCCGUUUAUGCACACCUCCUUAAGCGUGCAGGAGAGAAAUCUGGUACUGUGCCCUUCUUGAGAUUUGUAUCUCCUUAAGGCAUUUAGGACUCAAUCCUGCACUAUUGAAAUCUGAAGGGAGCAAGAUCAGACCCUUAUCCUGCUUACCUUUUCAGAUUCUUAGGAGAUUGCAAAGCUUCUCAAAAACCUCUGGAUGUAUACAGGCCCUCAUUCUAGUGUAUCUCCUGAGAUACUCAUGCACCCCUGCAAACAAAAACCUCCAGGUUUAGGACAGCUCUAGUUUUAUGGCCUGAUCGUAUAAGCCU